GGAGCUGUUGCCAUGGAGACCUCCUGAGAUGCUACAUGUACCAGUGGCUUCCAAUUUAACUUCCAGAGAGAGGGCAAUUGGCAUAUUUCUCCAAGAACCUUCAAGAAGCUGAACAGCCUGUUUUCACACUUAGAGAGGGGAGGCCCACAACUGUUUCCUGAAAUCUGGGGCUGGAAAUGGCCACACGGGACAGAUCGAGCCAGAGGCUGCCUCCGGUGGCCGAGCCGGCCGUGGAGGGGGGGCCGCAUCUGCCCGUGGGCUGCGAGCUGGCCGAGGCCAGCCGCUUUGCCUAUGCUGCCCUCUGUGGCAUCUCCCUGUCCCAGCUCUUUCCAGAACCUGAGCAAAGCUCCUUCUGCACAGAGUUUGUGGCGGGCCUUGUGAAGUGGCUGGAGUUACCCGAAGCCGUCCUGCCAACCAUGACUGCUUUUGCCAACGGCCUGGGAGGCGAAGGUGCGGACGUGUUUGCUCCGAUUUUAUUGAAGGACCCCAUCUUGAAGGACAACCCAUUGGUGAUCAUUCAGGACCUUCUGAGCUUCUCACUCAAGGAUGGGCGCUAUGAUGCACGGGCCCGCGUCCUCAUUUGCCAUGUGACCUCCCUCUUCCGAGUGCCCUUGGAGGAGCUGGAUCUCCUUGAAGAGACGUUCCUUGAGAGCCUGAAGGAAACCAAAGAGGAGGAAUCUGAAACGGCUGAGGCGUCCCGGAAGAAGAAAGAAAACCGGAGGAAAUGGAAACGCUAUCUCCUGAUAGGCCUGGCAACUGUCGGGGGCGGGACCGUGAUCGGCGUGACUGGGGGUCUAGCUGCCCCUCUCGUGGCCGCUGGGGCUGCCACGAUCAUUGGCAGUGCUGGGGCAGCGGCUCUGGGCUCAGUGGCUGGCAUCGCCGUCAUGACCUCGCUGUUCGGGGCGGCUGGAGCUGGCCUGACAGGGUACAAGAUGAAGAAGCGUGUCGGGGCCAUCGAAGAGUUCACAUUUCUGCCUCUAACAGAAGGCAGGCAGCUGCAUAUCACCAUCGCCAUCACAGGAUGGCUGGCAUCCGGCAGAUACCGCACCUUCAGCGCCCCAUGGAUGGCCUUAGCCCGCAGCAGUGAGCAGUACUGCCUGGCCUGGGAGGCCAAGUACCUGAUGGAGCUUGGCAAUGCCCUGGAGACCAUCCUCAAUGGUCUGGCCAACAUGGUGGCCCAGGAGGCCCUGAAGUACACGGUGUUGUCCGGCAUCGUGGCUGCCCUGACCUGGCCAGCCUCACUCCUCACUGUCGCCAACGUCAUCGACAACCCCUGGGGUGUGUGUCUCCAUCGGUCAGCAGAGGUCGGCAAGCACCUGGCCCACAUCCUGCUCUCCCGGCAGCAGGGCCGGAGACCUGUCACCUUGAUUGGCUUCAGCCUGGGAGCCAGGGUCAUCUACUUCUGUCUGCAAGAGAUGGCUCAGGAGAAAGAUUGCCAAGGGAUCAUUGAGGAUGUCGUCCUGCUGGGCGCACCCAUAGAAGGAGAAGCCAAGCACUGGGAGCCUUUCCGGAAGGUGGUGUCUGGGAGGAUCAUUAAUGGCUACUGCAGGGGGGACUGGCUCCUGAGCUUCGUGUACCGCACGUCCUCCGUGCAGCUCCGCGUGGCCGGCCUACAGCCCGUGCUGCUGCAGGACAGGAGGGUGGAGAACGUGGACCUGUCCUCUGUCGUCAGUGGCCACUUGGACUACGCCAGGCAGAUGGACAUCAUCCUGAAGACUGUGGGCAUCCACACCAAGCCAGGCUGGGAUGAAAAGGGGCUCCUGCUAGCCCCGGGCAGUCCGCCCCAAGAGGAGCCUCCCCAGGUAGCAGCCACCUCCUCAUCAGACAAGACCACACCCGGAGACAACCCCAAAGUGGCCACACCCGCUGACCCUAGCCGAGUCCAGGUGCCAACAGGGCUGGACCAGUCUGAAGGCGCCUCCCUUCCUGCCACUGCCAGCCCGGCUGAGAGCCCCCAGAUCUGCAGCCACGGCACGGGCCCCAACCCACUGGGCUGCCCCGACUGUGCCAGCGAGACCCAGGGGCCCUGCCCAGGGCUGGACUGA